AGUAUUAAAGGUACCUAGCCUUUCUCCAAUUAUUUUGUACCGAGAUAACUGUUUUAUUUUCCCGUAUUACAAUUGAUAGGUAGUUAAUAUUUUCAUCUCAAAAUAAUUAUUAAAGUUUGUUCAUAAAUUAAAUAACAGCUGUAAACAAAAUGCUGUAAGGCAAAACAUUUAAAAAAUUCAAUGUUGUUGUUAACACCAAUAACGGUACCGUAUUUAAACAAAUGCUGGUCAAUAAUUCUGUAAUUUUAUAAAAACUUUAUAAUGCCAAUCUCAAAGUUUAAAAAGCUUUUUCAAAUUAUUAAAAUGAAUGGAGGUCUCAGACAAUCACUUUACAAAAUAUAUGUUCAUGACGUUCUCAAAGAUGGAAAGCAAGUUGGUGAGGAUGAGUAUGGAAAUAAGUACUUCGAGAAUAAUAGGUACUUCAGAGGCGCCAAUCGCUGGGUGGAAUACAACCCCCAGGUCUACCUGGACUACGACCCCACCCAGAUGGACCCCGCCUGGCACGGCUACAUGCACCAUCGCACAGAGUAUGUGCCUUCCGAACAGCCGGGUCGACCUCCCAGGUACAAGUGGAUGCUACCCAUCGAGGAGAACCCAUCAGGUAGCAGGUUGGCCUACAUGCCUUACAGCACCACUAGACCCAAACUGCACCAUUGGGUGCCACCCGGGUGUGAUGGGGUGAGGUUGGAGGGAAAGAAGGUUGAGCAGAGGUGUGUGACGCUGGGGUCUUCCAAGAAGAGAUUAAAUAUGGAGGUGAAAGAAGAGAAUAAGUUUAAAGUUGACGGUAAAUAAUGGUUGGAAUGAACUUUUAACAAGUUGUAGAGAGUGUAUAUUAUUGUUUGAGUUUUUGAAAAUAAAUAACUUUAAAAAAGUUUA